CUCAAUAAUCUUUGUUGAAUUAAGUUUGGCGGUACUUCAGACCUUACAGCCCACACUGCUUUUAGUAUAAACAAUUCAGUUGAAGUUGGAAACAGUUUGUGCGAAAGUGCCAUAUCAAAUUUAGCCGUUAAAAUGUAUCGUUCUGCUUUCGCCAUUGCCAUUGGUAUAUUGUCAUGUAUGGCCUAUAUAGUCCUUAGUGGUAUCAUCGUUUCAGUUUUAUUGCGUCUAUCACAACAAGAGGAGCAGCAUUAUGGUCGAGUAUGGCAGAAUUUGGUUAAUUUCAUGAUGUGCGUUUCGGUGUUUUGCCUAGGCAUCUUAGGCGCCUUGUCGCUGCUUAUGAUUGUGGGUGUAAGGAAGCAUCGUUGCGCCCUAAUGACACCUUGGGUGGUUAUGGAUGCCAUUAAGAUUAUAUGCAGUUUUAUGUAUUUCAUCACUGUUGGUAUACAUUUGUCGGGACCUGGAAUAUUCUCCAGUCUUCUCUAUGUUUGUGUAUCAUGUCUGGUAUGGUACCCCAUCUAUAAAUUGUGGCGAGACAUACACAGUGGCCGUUAUCCCCAACACCACGAGCUCGAGUCAUAUCAACCACCUCCAGGUUACUAUGCAACGCCGCCUGCAAGGGACGAUACAGAAAAAGCUAUCACACCUGUUCUGCAACAGAAGGCAUAACCAUGGACCAUAGCAAUAACUUUAUAAUCGUGUUUAUAACAAAUGUACUUUAUUUUAUUUUUUUUUUUAAUUUUUAAUGACUAAGUUAGGACUAUUAAGAUAACUCUAUAUAAGAUAAUGGAUACUUCUUAGUAGGGGAAUAAACCUUAGAAAUUUAUAUUUUUAUUGCUAACUGCCA